AUGACAGCCUCCACUCCACCCAAGCCCACCGAGGCCCAACUUGAACCACCACCAGAGCUCUUUUACCAAGUGCACAAUCCAACCGGCAAAGAAACAAUACUCCUAAUCCAUGGUGCCUGCGGAAGCAGCAUCGAAUGGAGAGAAGUGAUCCCAGCCCUAAUCGAAAAAGAUUAUCACAUCCUCGCACCCGAUCUACCCUCGCACGGAAACUCAAUCUCCAUCCAACCUUUCACAGUCGAGUACUCCGCCAAAUUGAUCAUAAACCUCAUCACAAAGUACGGCAAAAAUGGUCGCGCCCAUGUGGUAGGACUAAGUCUAGGCGCACAUAUAACUGCCUGCACCGCCGAACAAGCCGCUCCGGGUACAAUCGUAUCUAUAAUUGCAGCUGGAUACAAUACCAUCCCGCGAUCGCGCUACCUGGUUUCGCUACUUGUGCCAGCAAGCUACGUCUUACACCACUUGAUUAAUUUUGCGCAGGGUCCCUCGAAGGAGGUGACGCAGGUGCUUAAUGGGGAGGCGUCGUAUGGGUUGAUUGCGGAGGUUGCGCGGGUAAUCUUCCAGCCGAGGGUGCUUGGGGAGAUCCCGGUGAAGUCUUUGGUUAUUUGUGCGGGCUCCAAGGAUAGUUGGAUUGCGAGAGAUAAGCCUGAGAGCUCGAAGAAGCUGUUUGAGAUGGUGGUUGGGGGGAAAGAAAGUGGGAGUCGGGUUGUGGUGCAUUAUGGGAUUAGACAUGCGUGGCAUAUACUGGUACCGGAGUUGUUUAGUCAAACGAUUUUGAAUUGGGUUGAAGGAGCGCCACUUGAUUCUGGGUUUGAGGAUAUUGAAUAG